AUGAAGUUCAUUGCUACCAUUGCCGCUACCAUCCUCGCCGCGACGUCUGCCGUCUCUGCCCAGGCCAACUCUCCCCCCAUGGGCGGUGCGUCUCCUCAGGGCGGCAACAUGGGCCCUAUGAUGGGCGCUGAGGGCUCCGCUCACGCUGAGGCAUUCAACGGCGCAGAAUCCGCUGGUGGCCCCGCCGGUGCUCGCGGCAAGAGCAUGUGGGCCUACCCCAACUACAGCGCAUACACCGGCUAUUCUCCCUACAGCGGCUAUGGUGGCUACGGCAGCUACGGUGGAUACGGCGGCUACGGCGGCUACGGCAACUACGGCAACUAUGGCAGUUACGGUGGCUACGGCGGCUACGGCAACUACGGCGCCUACCCGCGCAACAGAUACGUUGGCAGCUACUGGUAA